UACAACUGUUUAAAUAUGAAGCAUGCGGUGCCAAGACGCAGCGACAACAGACAGGUGGCAGCGGGCAGCGGGAAGCGGCAGCGGGCAGCGGGUCGGGCGUCGGUUUAUGUAACGCGAGGGCGCGAGCGAGCCGCGCGGCAGUGCAGCCAGCGUCGGCCCGCGGGCCACUCCGCCAUGGACCCGGCACCGGCCGGCAGCGCGCCGCCGACGUCCGCGACACCCGCGACGCCCGCGACCUCGCCGCCCGCCACGCCUCCCGCGCACUCCGGCUUCGGCGCUUUCUGCAGCGCCAUCUCCGACACCAUCACCGGUAUGGCUACCACGUCAAGGAGUAGAAGAAAGGAGGAUGAAAAGAAAACUAAGAGGAAACAGUCUUCGCCAGUGGACGAGCGACCCGUCGUUCCCGCGCCGAGCGACGCUAUGCUCAAUAACCUUCGCACGGCGUUCGGGCUGCUGGACCGCGACAGCGACGGUCACGUGACUCCCGCCGAACUGCAGUUCAUGCUGAGGAACCUGGGCAUCCAGGUCAGCGACGACCUCAUCGCUGACCUCAUCAAAGACGCCAGCAGGACUGGUAACGGGUUAAUAGAUGAGAACGAGUUCAUGCAGUGGGUGACGAAGAUACAGGCAAUACAAGGGUUGGACGUCGGCGCUAGUGGUGGCGACUCGGAGGAAGAAAUCACACGAGACCUGCUCGCCGCUUUCAAGGUGUUCGACCGUGACGACAACGGGUACAUCACGCGCGACGAGUUGCGGACUGCGCUGGAGAUGAUAGGCGAGCCCGUGACAGACGCGCAGCUCAACCAGGUGUUGGCACUCGGCGACAUCGACCACGACGGUCGCAUCGAUUAUGAAGAGUUUGUGAAGAUGUUGCUGUAACGUGUAUCAGACCUCACUAGAUUGUAAUGAUAGAAUAAAGACAAGCGGUUGUCGCUAUGGGGUCGUGUGAGCUUCUCCAUGUAUAGGAGAAUAGGGUUAGCUUUGUAUGAAGUAGGUAUUUGGUGUGGUUAGACCUCCCACAAUUGGCACGUAGACAAGGUAUGACCGUGGGAGAUUCGAGGAGAUAUUGUUACAUAGAAUAAUUUUGUAAUAAACACAUAACUUAAUUUCGUAGUGUAACUAAUUUAGGCUAUAAUAAAAUGAAUAACAAAAAUAUUUUCUAUUGAUAUGUUUUGCAUAAAAAUGUAAAAUAUCAGGUCUAAAGACCUACGUUAUACGCUACAGUAAGUAUAUUGAAAAUAGAUGUUACCUAUAUCCGUAAAAUACUUGAAAUUUUAUGAAAUAUUUCCUCAAAAUGUUAAUGUUUUUGUUGAAUAGGUAAAUAAAGGAUUUCUUCAUUGCAGUUUUUGAUGAAUUAGGUACGGUUAUAGUUAUUCUAUUCCUAUAUUUUCAUAUACCUACUUACCCUAAAUAUUAUGAAUUACGUACCUACAUAGUUACUUACCUAUAUAAAACUUCUGUUUAUCUAUGACUAUAUUUACUUCGAAGUAUUAGAUUUCUUUAUCGGGAAAAUAAAAAUACAGCCUUUGUCAUAAAAUAUAAUUGUAAUUUUAUGGUUGUGAAAGAUAAUUUAUAUCGGAGUUGUAUUGUUUUUAUUAUUUUUACGACAAGUUGAAAUGUUACAUAAAAUACAUCCU